AUGUCGUCAGUCAGUGUCGAAUUAGAACGUUUCACCGCGGGACAACAGAAAGAAGUCGACGAAACGGGUAAUUUAAUUCGUGGAAACAAAGAAACUAUUACGUUAAUCUGGUUUGAUAAAAAUAUAGCGUCAAAUUUCAAAGAUACAGACCUGACCAAACGUAAAUUACGAGAAAUUAAUGAUUAUGUUCUAUUUUACACAGACUUUGUUGAAUGCGUCAAGUACAUCGAAUCGGUCAAAACUGCGUCCAUAUUUCUUACUGUGUCCGGCAGCGACGCUAAAAUAUUAUUACCGAAGAUACAUCAUCUUCGACAAGUUGAUAGUAUUUUUAUAUUUUGUAUAGACAACACAAGAUACGAAGCAGAACUGUCGGGUAAAAACUAUCACAAAAUUGUUGGCAUAUUUGUUGAACAGACAAGCUUGACAAAAAGCAUUCUACACAAUAUACAUUUAGUGGAGAUGCAGCAAGCAGUUUUCAACCUCUACAAUGAAAAUCAGAAAUCGAUGCGUGAUCUAACAAAGGAAUCUGGAUCAUUUAUAUGGCAUCAACUGCUCAAAGAAGUUCUACAGAAAAUGCCGAGUGGAGAUAAGAAUGCCAAAGAAGAGAUGUUAGAGAAAUGUCGUUUAUACUAUCGUGGUAAUAAAAAAGAAUUACAAAAUAUUGAAGAAUUCGAGAAAUCGUAUUCAGUUGAUAAUGCUAUAAACUGGUAUACAAGAGAUAGUUAUGUAUUCAAAUUGAUUAACAAAGCCCUGAGAACUGAAGAUGCCCAGGCAUUGUACACAUUUCGGUUUUAUCUGGUCGAUCUCAGAGCACAACUUUCAGAGAAUCAUCAACUUAUACUGGAUUACCAUGAUACAUUAAUACUUUAUCGUGGUUGCAAACUAACACAAGAUGAGAUUGAGCGUCUGAAAGAUGGUAUAGGCCAAUUGAUAUCAACGAACGGAUUUCUUUCAACAAGUGAAAACCGGGACAUAGCCGAAAUAUACGCUGGUGUUGGCGUUACUCAUACGACUUUCAGCAGCGGUUUGGAAUCGGCUAUUUUUGAAAUUAGUAUUGACACUAAAAAACAUCAGACAACUAUACUAGCUGAUAUUUCAUUUUAUAGUCGCUUUCGAGAUGAAUCAGAAUUUCUAUUCGACUUAGGAACAGUUUUCGAAAUAGAAGAUCUACAUUACGAACAGGAUAAAAAAUGUUGGAUAUGUAAAAUGACAGCAUCAGAGAAAGGCUUUGAAAUUGCUAAAGAAUAUGUUAAUUUUCAACGAAACGGAAUAAACGAUAGUGAAUUAGAUAUUUCCAUAAUUUUCGGUAAUUUACUUUACGAAAUGGGAGAAUGCGUAAAAUCCCAGCAAUAUUUUGAUAUGUUAUUGUUACUUCAUUCCGAAAAAUUUUCCAUCGAAGCUCGCUGUGGAUUAGGACGCGCAUAUAUGCGACAAGGUGAAUACGAUAAAGCAUUAAGCAUUUUACAAAAAGCGUAUGAUUUGUGCAUCGACAACGAAUUGCAUGCUGAUCCCAAAUUAGUCAAAAUUUUGGUUUACAUGGGUCAAAGUUAUGAUAUCAAAGGAGACCACAAAACUGCUCUAGAUUGCUAUUUCAAAGCAUUGGAGCUAGCCGAAAAAAUUGGCAGAAAAAUGGAUAUUGCAUAUGUACUUUCUAAAACUGGUUUCACCUAUUACCGACAAGGAGAAGAUGAUCUCUCUUUACAGUGUUUCCAGAGAUCAUAUGCCUUUCUUCAAGGAUGCGUACCAAGAGAGCACAUUGACAUGGCUGAUUAUUACAACAACAUGAUGAUGGUUUUUUAUCAUAAAGGUAAUUACGGCUUGGCAGUAGCGUACCAGUGUAAAGCCGUUGAAAUUUACAACAGACUAAGUCCGAAUAAUAACUUCAGUCGCUGUGCAAUCUUUAACAAUUUGGGCAAAAUGUACUAUAAACAAUGUGACUACCAUCAAGCUCUAAAAUGCCUUAGAGAAAGUUUAGACACGGCUAGAAUAAUACUGAAGGGAAGAGAUAAUUAUAUUAAUAUGGGAGCUAAAAUGAACAACAUUGGAAAAUGUUUAUAUCGACAAAAAAAUUAUGCUGGUGCUCUCAGAAAAUACGAAUCAAUGAUGGAAUUAAUGAAGCAAGCUAAUGUCUUGGAACAUCGUAAUCUUGCAUAUACAUUGACAAAUAUUGGCGAAGUCUACCUCGAACUAAAGAACUUCGAUUUGGCCUUAGAUUUUUUCAUGGGAGCAUUAAAUAUGUAUAAGAGAGUGUAUAACAACCCAGAACAUCGUGAUGUUGGAAAAUGUUUGAACUUGAUUGGUGAAGUUUAUUACAAUAAGAAUAGCAGCGACGAUGAUACAUGUUUCUCUUAUUAUGCUAAAGCAUUAACAAUUUGGAAAAAUGUUUUAUCAUCUGAUCAUCCAGAUUUAGCACUGUGUUAUAAAAAUAUUGCACUCUGGUAUUUAAAUAGACAGAAAGAUUAUCAUAAAGCCACAGAGUAUUGUACACUGUCCCGUCUCCUAUACGAACAAACACUAAAAGCAGAGCAUCCUCACUUAGUUGAAGUGAGAAGAGUAAUGAGAUCUAUCGAUGACAAUCGUUGGAAAGUAAUUAUCGGUAACGUGUUCGACACCCUCAAACUAGUUUUAUUACUUUUAUUAUUCUCAUUUUCAUGUUGGUUUUGA